AUGAUGGGAAGUGAAGUGAGUUUUAAAAAAAAAAUAUUUGGGAAUGAAUUUUCCAAAAAAAAAAAGGCAAAUAAGAAAAUUAUUUUAGUAAAUAUGAUAUAUUUGAUGAUUCUUUUUUUAAUUUGUUUUUUAGGAGGAAUAUUACUAGGGUUUUUAACUACAUCUUACACACCUGCAAUACAUAUAAUUGAAAAUGAUAAAAACGUAUUUCAUUUUUUAUCAAAAGAUAAUAAAAUUAUUAUAGGAGGAAAAUUAGAUAUAAAAUUAAAUCUUCGUAAUAAUACUAUUUUAUCAUACAUAUUUUAUUCAGAAAAUGUAAAAUAUUUCUAUUAUCCUAUAGGAAUAAAUUAUAGCUGUUUGUUAUAUAACGGAGGAUUACAAAAAUCCUCUAAUCAAAUUCCUUUAAGUUAUAAAAGUGAAAUUGGGAUUCCUUUAAAUAAUAACGAAGAUAUCUUUGCAACUAAAUUAUCUAUUAAAAUAAAAUACACUUUAUUGGAAUUAUCAUCAGUAAUAUAUACCAUUCCUUUACAUCUUGGUUAUGAAAUUACAGAUGAAUAUAAACAAGAAAUACAACCAUUAUAUAAUGAUUGUAAAAAUUUUAAUAGAAUUUAUUUUUCUAUAAGAUUAGAUCAAUUACAUACCUUAAAUAAAAUAAGAAAAGUAUAUAGUGAUAAAAAAUAUGAACUAAUAUUUUAUUGUAAUUGUUAUAUAGAUAAUAAGGUAGAUUCCUUUUUUAAUUCUUCACCAGUUAAUAAAAAAAUUAUUUUGAAUAAUUUAAUAAAUAAUCCUAAUUUAUUAUAG